GCCGCACAGCAUGAAGCUAAGAUGGCAGCACUGAGUGUGCGGCUUUCACUUCGCGUUUCGCUGCCGUGUCUGCGGUGAGGCCGCCCGCUCGCUGGGGAGCAGCGUUGCCGUGGGAGCCGCAGCCCGCCCGCCAUAUCUCGAGCACCGUGUGAGCAGCCGGGAGAGAGGGCGGGGUGACAGCCAGCCGGAGGAUGGUGAGGGCAUCCCGGGGACUGCGGUGACACAGCCUGGGACAUGCUGCCCGUGUGAGUGAGCGCCCUCCUCCUCCUACUCCGCCAAGCUCACUCACACUCAGCCACCCAGCCCGGCUCACUCACUCUGACACUCACACUCAGCGGGAGGAUGAUGUGCGCAGCUCCCGCUCCCCCGGCUGCAGCCGCCGCCGCCGCCGCUUUUUCCUCCCCCGGAGCGGGGGGACUCGGCUUCCUCCCGGUGCCGCCAGCCGCCGCCGCCGCCUCCUGCAUGGCCGGGGCCCAGGAGGGCGGACAGGGGCCACAGGCCGACUGCAGGAGCCGCUACCAACUGCUGCUGUCCGGGAAGGCCCUGGCCGAGCGCUACCGGCAGAUCUACACGGCGGCCGUGACCGACCGGGAGCAGCAGGCUGGACACAACGCCAGGAAUAAAAAAUUUCUAAGCAAGAAAAAACUCAAAAGGAAGCAAAAAACCAAAUCAAAAGGGAAAUUGCGAAGCAAGGCUGACAACUUGGAGAAUUCUCUUUUCAUACCCGACCUCAAACUCCACAGCAACCCUUCAGCAUUCAGUGUUUAUUGUAAUGUGCGUCACUGUGUUCUGGAGUGGCAAAGAAAGGAAACCUCCCUUAUAAUAUCAUCAAAGAGUUCAGUGCAAAGUGGAGAGUCUGAUAGCGAUGAGGAAGAAGAGUCCAAAGAACCACCGAUCAAACUUCCAAAGAUAAUUGAGAUUGGUUUAUGUGAAGUGUUUGAACUGAUCAAGGAGACCCGGUUUUCUCAUCCAUCAUUAUGUUUGAGGAGCUUACAGGCUUUGCUCAAUGUCCUGCAGGGUCAGCAACCAGAAGGACUCCAGUCUGAACCUCCUGAAGUAUUGGAAUCCCUCCUACAACUCAUUCUAGAAAUCACUGUCCGUAGUACAGGAGCAAAUGACAGCACAGGGCAGUCUCUUACUGCUGUGUCCUGUGCCUGUCUCUUCAGUCUAGUGGUGGCAUGGGGAGAAACAGGGAGGACCUUGCAAGCUAUCUCCGCUAUCCUUACCAAUAAUGGCAGCCAUGCUUGCCAAACUAUUCAGGUGCCAACUAUUCUAAACUCACUGCAGCGAAGUGUCCAAGCCGUUUUAGUGGGCAAAAUUCAGAUCCAGGACUGGUUUACAAAUGGAAUUAAAAAAGCUGCCUUGAUGCAAAAGUGGUCUCUUAAAGACAUCCCUAUUGAUGAAGAUGACCAGUGCCUCCUUCAAAGUGAUGGCUUUUUCCUCUAUCUUUUAUGCAAAGAUGGCCUUUACAAAGUUGGCUCUGGAUACAGCGGGACAGUUAGGGGACACAUAUAUAAUUCUACAUCACGCGUUAAAAGUAGGCGAGAGAAGAAGUCUUGGUUGGGUUAUGCUCAGGGUUAUUUGCUCUACAGAGAUGUGUGCAAUCACCAUAUGACAGCCAUAAGAAUAAACCCAGAGACGCUGGAACAGGAUGGAACGGUCACUGUCCCUGAUUGUAAUGCUGAUGGGCAGAACAUACUUUUUACCGAUGGAGAGUUUAUUAACCAGAUUGCUGCUUCUAAAGAUGAUGGAUUUGUAGUUCGAAUAUUUGCAACCAGCACAGAUCCUGCCUUACAGCAGGAAUUACAGCUGAAACUGGCAAGAAAAUGCCUCCAUGCUUGUGGCAUUUCUCUGUUUGAUCUGGAAAAGGAUUUGCACAUAAUAAGCACAGGCUUUGAUGAGGAAUUGGCAGUUCUUGGAGCAGGAAGAGAGUUUGCACUAAUGAGAACUGCUAGUGGAAAGAUUUAUUACACUGGCAAGUAUCAGAGUCUUGGGAUCAAGCAAGGUGGGCCUUCAACAGGCAAAUGGGUUGAGCUGCCCAUAACCAAAUCUCCAAAGAUUGUUCAGUUCUCAGUUGGCCAUGAUGGCUCCCAUGCCUUACUUACUGCUGAUGAUGGGAGUGUUUUCUUUACUGGAACAGCAAGCAAGGGAGAAGAUGGAGAAUCAACAAAGAGCAGACGACAGUCAAAACCUUACAAGCCGAAAAAAAUGAUCAAAAUGGAAGGGAAAGUUGUUGUGAGCACUGCUUGCAAUAAUGGGAGCAGUUCAGUCAUUACCAAGGAUGGCGAGAUUUAUAUGUUUGGAAAAGAUGCCAUUUAUUCUGACAGCUCAAAUUUGGUAUCAGACUUAAAAGGACAUUUUGUGACACAAGUAGCUAUGGGGAAAGCGCAUACCUGUGUUUUGACCAAGAAAGGUGAAGUAUGGACCUUUGGUGUAAACAACAAAGGACAGUGUGGAAGGGACACAGGUGCUAUGAGCCAAGGUGGAAAAAGUUUUGGAGUUGAAAAUAUGGCAACAGCUAUGGAUGAAGACCUUGAAGAGGAACUUGAUGAAAAGGAUGAAAAAUCUAUGAUGUGUCCACCUCGAAUGCACAAGUGGAAGCUGGAACAGUGCAUGGUGUGUACAGUCUGUGGUGAAUGCACAGGUUAUGGAGCGAGCUGUGUCAGUAGUGGAAGACCAGAACGGGUCCCUGGGGGAAUCUGUGGAUGUGGCUCCGGAGAGUCAGGCUGUGGGGUGUGUGGAUGCUGCAAAGCUUGUGCACGUGAGCUGGAUGGCCAGGAGGCCAGACAGAGAGGGAUUUUGGAUGCUGUAAAAGAGAUGAUACCUUUGGACCUACUGCUAGGUAAAGCUGUGCCUGUGCCAGGAGUUAAUAUGGAUGAACAUCUACAAAUACGACAGGAGGAAAAGCGUCAGCGCGUAAACCGGAGGCACAGAUUAGAUGAAGUGAGAGGAAUAAAAAAAGGAAAUGGAAAUUUAGGCCCCUUUGUAUUUCCUGGUCCUAAUAUUAUGAAACACCGAGAGCAGGCUCUAGCCAGACUAAGAUCACUUCCAGCACAGCUAAAGCAUAAGCGGGACAAGAAAAAAGAUGAGGGCAGAGAACAAGGAGAGAAGGAUGCAAGCAAAAUCACUACUUACCCUCCUGGUUCUGUUCGCUUUGAUUGUGAACUUCGGGCUGUCCAAGUCAGCUGUGGAUUCCACCAUUCAGUGGUUUUGAUGGAAAAUGGAGAUGUUUAUACUUUUGGUUAUGGACAACACGGGCAGCUGGGUCAUGGUGAUGUCAGUUGUCGGGGCUGCCCCACUCUGGUCCAGGCACUGCCGGGUCCCAGUACUCAAGUGACAGCAGGCAGCAAUCACACUGCUGUCCUACUAAUGGAUGGACAAGUGUUUACGUUUGGAAGCUUCUCUAAAGGGCAGCUUGGAAGACCCAUCUUAGAUGUUCCCUAUUGGAAUGCAAAGCCAGCACCUAUGCCAAACAUCGGCUCCAAGUAUGGACGCAAAGCUACAUGGGUUGGUGCAAGUGGAGAUCAAACAUUCUUAAGGAUAGAUGAAGCUCUUAUAAACUCCCAUGUUUUAGCUACAUCAGAAAUAUUUGCGAGUCGACAUAUCAUAGGUAUGGUGCCAGCAUCCAUAACUGAACCACCACCUUUUAAAUGUCUACUUAUAAAUAAAGUGGAUGGAAGUUGUGCAACAUUUAAUGACUCCGAGCAAGAGGAUCUGCAAGGAUAUGGUGUUUGCUUAGAUCCAGUACAUGAUGUAAUUUGGAGGUUCCAGAGCAAUACAAAGGAACUGUGGUGUUACAAUGCAGUCAUUGCAGACUCCAGGCUUCCUUCAGCUCCUGAUAUGCAGUUGAGAUGUAGCAUACUUAGCCCGGAGCUAGCUUUGCCUACAGGACAAAAAGCUGUUACCACUCGUUCGCAUGCAGCUUUGCAUAUUCUAGGUUGCCUUGAUACUUUGGCUGCAAUGCAAGACCUGAAAAUGGGCAUUUCCAGCACUGAGGAAGAGACUCAUUCGGUGAUGAAAGUAUAUUCAAAAGAAGAUUACAGUGUAGUGAACAGAUUUGAAAGUCAUGGUGGAGGCUGGGGCUACUCUGCACACUCUGUAGAGGCUAUACGGUUCUGUGCUGAUACUGACAUUUUGCUCGGGGGUCUUGGCUUGUUUGGUGGCCGAGGGGAAUACACUGCAAAAAUAAAGUUGUUUGAGUUGGGGCCUGAUGGUGGAGAUCAUGAAACAGAUGGAGAUCUUCUAGCAGAGACUGAUGUCCUUGCUUAUGACUGUGCUGCUAGAGAAAAAUAUGCCAUGAUGUUUGAUGAACCAGUUCUACUACAAACCGGCUGGUGGUAUGUGGCAUGGGCUCGAGUGUCUGGUCCCAGCAGCGACUGCGGCUCCCAUGGUCAAGCCUCAAUUACAACAGAUGAUGGGGUUGUUUUUCAGUUUAAAAGUUCAAAAAAAUCCAAUAACGGCACAGAUGUCAAUGCAGGCCAAAUACCACAGCUGCUGUACCGACUGCCUACUAGUGAUGGAAGUACUGCAAAAGGCAAACAACAAGUCAGUGAACCAGUGCAUAUAUUGAAGAAGUCAUUUGCUCGCACAGUUUCAGUGGAAUGUUUUGAAUCCCUGUUGAGCAUUCUUCAUUGGAGCUGGACUACCUUGGUUCUGGGAGUGGAAGAGCUUCGUGGCCUCAAAGGCUUCCAAUAUACAGCAACCUUGCUGGAUUUGGAAAGAUUGCGUUUCGUGGGGACUUGUUGCUUGCGGUUAUUAAGAGUCUUCACAUGUGAAAUAUAUCCCAUAUCAGCUUCCACUAAAGCAGUUGUAGAGGAAACAAGCAAAUUGGCAGAGUGCAUUGGAAAAACCAGGACACUGCUGAGAAAAAUACUUUCUGAGGGUGUGGAUAACAGUAUGAUGAAGUUGGACAAUGACCCACAAGGAUACCUAAGUCAACCCUUGAGCUUAUUGGAAGCCGUUCUUCAGGAGUGUCACAACACCUUCACAGCCUGCUUUCAUUCCUUCUACCCAACUCCUGCCCUUCAGUGGGCCUGCUUGUGUGACUUACUGAACUGCUUGGAUCAGGACAUUCAGGAAGCUAACUUCAAGACAUCAAGCAGUCGGCUGUUGGCGGCAGUAAUGUCAGCUCUUUGCCACACUUCUGUGAAGCUCACAUCAAUAUUCCCGAUUGCAUAUGAUGGUGAAGUCCUACUGCGGUCUAUGGUGAAACAAGUUAGCACAGAAAAUGACACUGCACUGGCUCAUCGCUUCCCCCUGUUGGUUUCCUGCAUGGAGAAACUCAGCCAGAGUGAGGAGAAUGUCUCCGGUAUGACCAGUUUUCGUGAAGUUCUGGAGAAGAUGCUUGUCAUAGUGGUUCUACCUGUGCGGAACAGCUUAAGGCGGGAAAAUGAACUCUUUUCUUCACACUUGGUGUCUAACACUUGUGGUCUGCUCGCUAGCAUUGUCAGUGAGCUUACAGCAUCUGCUCUUGGAUCUGAGGUAGACGGCUUGAAUUCUCUUCACUCAGUCAAGUCCAGUCCUAAUCGUUUUACAAAAACAAGCCAGGGCAGAAGUUGGAACACUGGAAAUGGCUCUCCAGAUGCCAUCUGCUUAUCUGUGGACAAGCCUGGUGUGGUUGUAGUGGGAUUUUGUGUCUACGGAGGAGGUGGCAUCCAUGAAUAUGAGUUAGAGGUGUUAGUGGAUGAUAGUGAUCAUUCGGGAGAUGCUGCCCAUUCUCAUAGAUGGACAUCACUGGAGCUUGUAAAGGGCACAUACACAACUGAUGAUUCACCUAGUGACAUAGCUGAAGUGAGGCUUGAUAAGGCAGUGUCACUGAAGGAAAAUUUAAAAUAUGCUGUGCGUCUUCGGAAUUAUGGUAGUCGCACUGCUAAUGGCGAUGGAGGAAUAACCACAGUUCAGUGCCCAGAUGGUGUGACUUUCACAUUCAGCUCUUGUAGUUUGAGUAGCAAUGGCACAAACCAAACACGUGGGCAAAUUCCGCAAGUAUUGUACUACAGAAGCGAAUAUGAUGGAGAUCUUCAAUCUCAACUAUUGAGCAAAGCGAACGAAGAAGACAAAAACUGCACCCGAGCACUUUCUGUUGUGAAUGCUGUUACAAGAGCUGCUAAGGACCUUUUGCACAGAGCACUUGCUGUUGAUGCUGAAGACAUUCCCGAACUUCUUAGUUCUUCAAGUUUGUUUUCCAUGCUACUUCCUCUACUUAUUGCCUACAUUGGACCAGUCGCAGCUGCUAUUCCAAAGGCGGCUGUUGAAGUAUUUGGCCUUGUCCAACAGUUGCUCCCUUCAGUAGCUGUUUUAAACCAGAAAUAUGCUCCUCCCAUCUUCAACCCGAACCAGUCCACUGACAGCACAACAGGCAAUCAGCCUGAACAACUGUCUGCAUGUACUACUUCCAGUCACUAUGCAGUACUGGAAAGUGAACACCCAUACAAACCAGCUAGUGUAAUGCAAUAUAAGGUAUCUUUUCCUGAAUGUGUUAGGUGGAUAUCCAUUGAGUUUGAUCCACAAUGUGGCACUGCUCAGUCGGAGGACGUUUUACGACUCAUGAUACCAGGCAGAAAUAUGCAUUUCUCAGGUUUUGGACCAAAGCAUCCUGUUCAUGAAAGCCUUAACUCAUGGGUUGAGCUGAAAAAGUUUUCAGGCUCUGCUGGGUGGCCAACAUCUGUCUUAAUAUUGCCAGGAAAUGAGGCUCUUUUUUCCCUAGAAACAGCUUCAGAUUAUGUCAAGGAUGAUAAAGCCUGUUUUUAUGGCUUCAAGUGCUUUGCUAUUGGCUAUGAAUUUAGUCCAGGAACGGAUGAGGGCAUCAUUCAGCUAGAAAAGGAGCUUGCCAACCUCGGAGGAAUUUGUGCAGCCUCCUUAAUGAAGAAGGAUCUGGCUCUUCCUAUUGGCAAUGAACUAGAAGAAGAUCUAGAAAUUGUUGAAGAGGCAGCACUGCAGGUAUGCAAAACCCAUUCAGGCAUCCUGGGCAAAGGCUUGGCUCUCUCUCACUCUCCAACCAUCCUAGAGGCCCUGGAAGGAAAUCUACCUCUGCAAAUGCAGAGCAAUGAGCAGUCCUUUCUGGAAGACUUCAUUACUUGUGUUCCUGGUUCUAGUGGUGGACGAUUGGCAAGGUGGCUUCAGCCUGAUUCAUAUGCUGAUCCACAAAAGACAUCACUAAUUCUAAAUAAAGAUGACAUCAGAUGUGGCUGGCCCACUACCAUAACUGUGCAGACAAAGGAUCAGUAUGGAGAUGUAGUUCACGUUCCCAACAUGAAGGUUGAAGUUAAGGCUGUCCCCGUCUCCCAGAAAAAAAAUUCCUUGCAGCAGGAACAAGUAAAAAAACUUGCUCGUAUACCUGGCAGCCCAUCUUCAGCCUCCACAGGCAAUGAUAUGACAUUUGGAGGCCUUCCUUCACCAAAACUUGAGGCCUCCUAUGAACCUAUGAUAGUGAAAGAGGCACGCUACAUUGCAAUUACAAUGAUGAAGUCUUACGAAAACUAUUCAUUUGAAGAACUCCGUUAUGCUUCACCAAUGCCUAAAAGGCCCAGUGAAAACAUGUUAAUCCGUGUUAACAAUGAUGGAACCUACUGUGCUAACUGGACUCCAGGAGCUGUUGGGCUUUAUACCAUACACGUUACUAUUGAUGGAAUAGAAAUUGAUGCUGGCCUAGAAGUAAAAGUGAAAGAUCCGCCGAAAGGCAUGAUACCGCCUGGGAUUCAUCUGGUAAAGCCAAAAGCAGAACCUCAGCCAAGCAAGGUUCGCAAAUUUGUGGCCAAGGACAGUGCAGGGCUCCGUAUACGUAGCCACCCCUCCCUUCAGAGUGAGCAGAUAGGCAUAGUGAAAUUCAAUGGGACCAUCGCAUUUGUUGAUGAGAUCCACAAUGAUGAUGGUGUGUGGCUAAGACUGAAUGAUGACACAAUAAAGAAGUAUGUUCCUAACAUGAAUGGUUAUAAUGAAGCUUGGUGCCUCUCAUUUAAUCAGCAUCUUGGCAAAAGUCUGCUGGCCCCUGUUGAUAAUAUCUUUUAUGCUAGCCAAGGAACAAGGGACAUGGACUUUUUAACUUGGACUUCUAAAGCUUUUUUCCCACAGGAGCAGGUGUCAGAGGAUUUUUUGAAAGAUUUCAAUGUACGGUGCACUCAAGAAGUAAUUAUGAGAGAGAAUGAAAGCCCUUUACUCAGGGGUGGGCCUGGGCUCUACAAGGUAGUGAAGACUGGGCCCUCCGGUCACAAUAUCAGAAGCUGCCCAAACCUAAGAGGUAUCCCAAUUGGAAUGUUAGUUCUUGGAAACAAAGUCAAGGCCGUGGGCGAGGUGGUCAGUACAGAAGGUACAUGGGUACAGCUGGACAAGAACAGCAUGGUAGAGUUCUGUGAAAAUGAUGAAGGGGAAGCUUGGUCCCUGGCUAGAGAUCCUGGUGGCAAUCAAUACCUGCGACAUGAGGAUGAGCAAGUUGGUUUGGAUCAAAACUCUCAGACACCGCCCCCAAGUCCUUUCUCCAUGCCAAUAUUUAAUCGUAGUACAAGUGGAAACUUCAUGCCAGGUUUUGAUUAUGGACUGUUAAAUAACAAAGGUGACCAACUGAGUGCCAUACUGAAUUCCAUUCAGUCACGGCCUAGUAACCCAGCUCCUCCCAUCUUUGAACAAGCUGCAAAACCUCCCUCUUCCCUAGUCCACAGUCCAUUUGUGUUCGGACAGUCCCCUUCUUUCCAGCCGCCUCAGCCUCUGCUUCAGAACACCUCAUCAUGCAGUGGUGCGUCUUCUGAGAGUGUUAGCAAAAGUAAGCCUGAUCCUGCAUCUGCUUUCUCAUCUGUUUCUGUCAAAAAGAAGGAUGAAAGGGCACACUUUCCUGCUGGAGCAAGAUCAGCUGCUACAGUGAACAAAUCUGAUGUACCAACAAAACACAGAGUUGAAAAUAAAUCUCCAAAGCCCGAUGGGCGAAUAAGCCGCUCUAAUGCUGACCAGAAGAAACCCAGAAGUAAUGACGGCCUAACUGCAAGUGAAUCACUCCUACUAAAGUCAGAUGCUGCAAAGCUGAGGUCAGACUCUCAUAGCAGGUCAUUGUCUCCAAAUCACAAUACUCUUCAGAUUCUUAAGUCAGAUGGUAAAUCAUCACCUGUCCUAAGAGCGGAGUCCCCGGGACCUGGUUCACGCUCCUCUUCACCAAAGCCAAAGACUGUGCCUGCAGGAAAAGCUAAUGUACCCAGUGCCAGCACCACACGUAUAGCAUCUCCACAGGAGAAAAACCUACCUCAAAAAACUGUGGUUCCUGCCAAGGCGAAACUUGAACCUCCACGUGAAAGAUCCAAGUCAGAUUCCUAUACACUUGAUCCUGACACACUGCGGAAAAAAAAAGUACCGUUUACUGAACCUUUGAGAGGGAGGUCUACUUCUCCCAAACCUAAAAUUCCCACUAAGGAUGCCAAACCUGCAAAUGGCAGUGAAAACAGAACACCUUCUCCUCAUGUAGUUCAAGAAAACCUUCACAGUGAAGUGGUUGAAGUUUGCUCAUCAAGUACAUUGAAGACCAACAGCAUUACAGACAGCACAUGUGAUGAUAGCCAGGAGCUAAAGAGUGUUGAUGAUGGUGCAUCCAAAGUUCAUUUUAGUAUUGGUAAAGCACCUGUAAAAGAAGAUCAAGAUACAAGAGCAUCUCCUAAAGUAAGCCGUAAGAGUACAGGGAGGCAUGUUCGACCCAAAAAAGCUAACUUUCUGUUUUCUAAAAAUGAAUGUUCACGAUCUGUUGAGCCAGCGAAGGAAGCAAUGUCCCCUUCUGUUGCUGAAUGUGCCCGGGCUGUGUUUGCGUCAUUCCUUUGGCAUGAAGGUAUUGUUCAUGAUGCAAUGGCUUGUUCUUCUUUUUUAAAAUUUAACCCUGAACUUUCCAAAGAGCAUGCACCCAUAAGAAGUAGCCUUAAUAGCCAGCAACCUUUAGAGGAAAAGGAAGCCAAGUUGAAAAACAGGCACUCAAUUGAAAUUUCAUCUGCUCUUAACAUGUUUCAUAUUGCUCCUCAUGGGCCAGACAUAUCAAAAAUGGGUAGUAUAAAUAAGAAUAAAGUCCUGUCAAUGCUUAAAGAGCCACCGCUCCAUGAGAAGUGUGAGGAUGGCAAACAAGAAAGUUCACCGUUUGAAGUAAGUAACCACCAAUCUGUGAAGUCUCGCUCUCCCCUUCCCUUAACAUUGCAGCACCUAGUUGCCUUCUGGGAGGACAUUUCAUUGGCCACCAUAAAGGCAGCUUCCCAGAACAUGAUCUUUCCUAGUCCUGGUUCUUGUGCUGUAUUGAAAAAGAAAGAAGGUGACAAGGACAACAAAAAGACGAAAAAAGAAAAAAAGAAGAAAGAAAAGGCAGAAUCAAGGCCCCGUGGCAACCUAUUUGGAGAAAUGGCCCAGCUUGCAGUAGGAGGGCCAGAAAAAGACACAAUAUGUGAACUAUGUGGAGAAUCUCAUCCAUAUCCAGUUACAUACCACAUGCGACAAGCCCACCCAGGUUGUGGAAGGUAUGCUGGUGGUCAAGGAUACAACAGCAUUGGACAUUUUUGUGGAGGAUGGGCAGGAAACUGUGGUGAUGGAGGAAUUGGAGGAAGCACUUGGUACUUGGUGUGUGACCGCUGCAGAGAGAAGUAUCUCAGAGAAAAGCAAGCUGCGGUGCGGGAAAAGGUCAAGCAAACCAGGAGAAAGCCUGUACAAGUGAAGACCCCUCGUGCUUUGCCCACCAUGGAAGCUCACCAAGUCAUUAAAGCCAAUGCUCUCUUCUUGCUAUCCUUGAGCAGUGCUGCAGAGCCAAACAUCUUGUGCUACCAUCACCCAAAGCCAUUCCUCUCUCAGCUGCCAAGUGUAAAAGAAGGAAUUUCUGAGGAUCUUCCUCCAAAAAUGCAAUGUCUUUACUUACAGACAUUAGCAAGGCAUCAUCAGGAGAACUUUGUUGGUUAUCAAGAUGACAACCUCUUCCAGGAUGAAAUGAGAUACCUUCGUUCAACGUCUGUUCCUGCACCUUAUAUAUCUGUUACUCCUGAUGCGUGCCCAAAUGUUUUUGAGGAGCCAGAGAACAACAUGAAAUCUAUGCCACCAAGUCUGGAGACGAGUCCUAUAACGGAUACAGACUCCGCUAAGCGCACAGUCUUCCAAAGAUCAUAUUCUGUAGUUGCUUCUGAAUAUGACAAGCAGCACUCUGUUCUUCAACCUCGGGUGAAGGCAAUUCCCAGACGCAGAGUCAACAGCGGAGAUGCUGAAGUUGGAUCUUCCUUAUUGCGCCAUCCAUCCCCAGAGUUGUCCAGGUUGAUCUCUGCCCACAGCUCUCUAUCAAAAGGAGAGAGAAACUUCCAAUGGCCAGUCUUGGCAUUUGUUAUUCAGCACCAUGAUCUGGAAGGUCUGGAAAUUGCAAUGAAGCAGGCAUUAAGGAAAUCAGCUUGCCGGGUCUUUGCCAUGGAGGCUUUCAACUGGUUACUGUGUAAUGUAAUUCAAACUAAUUCGCUCCACGACAUUUUGUGGCACUUUGUGGCCUCUCUAACACCUGCUCCUCUAGAGCCAGAAGAGGAAGAAGAUGAGGAAAACAAGGCAAACAAAGAGAAUGCGGAGCAAGAGAAAGAUACCAGAGUCUGUGAACAUCCACUGUCUGACAUCGUAAUUGCAGGGGAAGCAGCACAUCCUUUGCCAGACACUUUUCACCGCCUUCUGCAAACUAUUUCCGAUCUAAUGAUGUCCCUUCCUGGGGGCAGCUCUCUGCAGCAAAUGGCACUGAGGUGUUGGAGUCUUAAAUUCAAGCAGUCUGACCACCAGUUUCUCCACCAGAGCAAUGUGUUUCAUCACAUUAACAACAUUCUCUCGAAGUCAGAUGAUGGAGACAGUGAGGAGAGUUUUAACAUCAGUGUGCAGUCUGGGUUUGAAGCUAUCAAUCAGGAGUUGUGCACAGUCACUUGCCUAAAAGACAUGACUAGCGUUGUGGAUAUGAAAACCUCCAGUCGACCAGCCAUGAUUGGAAGUCUGACAGAUGGGUCUACAGAAACCUUUUGGGAGUCAGGAGAUGAAGAUAAAAAUAAGACGAAGAGCAUUACAAUUAAUUGUAUAAAAGGCAUAUAUACUCGCUAUGUUUCAGUCCACGUUGAUAACUCUCGAGAUUUAGGGAACAAGGUAACUUCAAUGACCUUUUUGACUGGCAAAACUGUGGAAGAUCUGUGUAGAAUCAAGCAGGUUGAUUUGGACUCUCGGCACAUUGGUUGGGUCACAAGUGAAUUACCUGGAGGAGAGAAUCAUAUUAUAAAGAUUGAGCUGAAAGGCCCAGAGAAUACCCUGCGAGUGCGGCAAGUGAAAGUCCUCGGCUGGAAAGACGGCGAGUCCAUUAAAAUAGGGGGACAAAUAUCAGCCAGUGUGGCUCAACAAAGGAAUUGUGAGGCUGAGACUCUGCGUGUGUUUAGACUAAUUACUUCACAGGUAUUUGGUAAAUUAAUUUCUGGAGAUGCUGAACCAACACCUGAGCAGGAGGAAAAAGCAUUGCUGUCUUCUCCUGAAGGAGAAGAAAAGGCUCCAUCUGAUGCUGACCUUAAGGAGCACAUGGUUGGCAUUAUAUUUAGCAGGAGUAAGCUAACCAACUUACAAAAACAGGUUUGUGCUCACAUAGUGCAAGCCAUCCGCAUGGAGGCUACACGUGUCCGUGAGGAAUGGGAGCAUGCGAUUUCCAGUAAGGAGAAUGCAAACUCACAGCCCAAUGACGAGGAUGCCUCUUCAGAUGCCUAUUGCUUUGAACUGCUAUCCAUGGUGCUUGCGUUAAGUGGAUCCAAUGUGGGCAGGCAGUACUUGGCUCAACAGCUGACCUUACUACAAGACCUCUUCCACUUGCUUCACACAGCUUCUCCAAGAGUCCAGAGACAGGUUACUUCAUUGCUGCGUCGUGUUCUACCUGAGGUUACACCAUCUCGUUUAGCGAGCAUCAUAGGCGUGAAAUCUCUUCCACCUGCUGACAUAAGUGACAUAAUCCACUCCACAGAGAAAGGGGACUGGAAUAAGCUGGGCAUUUUGGACAUGUUCCUGGGCUGCAUUGCCAAGGCUCUUACAGUCCAGCUAAAGGCCAAAGGAACACCAAUCACUGGCACAGCAGGCAUGAGUGCAGGCAAAGGUGUCACUACCGUUACAUUGCCAAUGAUCUUUAACUCCAGUUAUCUCCGAAGAGGUGAAAGUCAUUGGUGGAUGAAAGGCUCCACACCUACUCAGAUUUCAGAGAUCAUUAUUAAAUUAAUUAAAGACAUGGCAGCGGGACACCUUUCUGAAGCCUGGUCUCGUGUUACUAAGAAUGCAAUCGCAGAGACAAUCAUUGCACUGACAAAGAUGGAGGAAGAGUAUCGGUCUCCAGUACGAUGUAUUGCAACAACUAGGCUCUGGCUGGCUGUGGCCUCACUGUGUGUGCUGGAUCAAGACCAUGUGGAUCGUUUAUCUUCUGGACGGUGGAUGGGGAAGGAUGGACAACAAAAACAAAUGCCUAUGUGUGAUAAUCAUGAUGAUGGUGAAACUGCAGCAAUCAUUUUAUGCAAUGCUUGUGGAAACCUGUGUACAGACUGUGAUAGAUUUCUUCACUUGCACCGGCGGACAAAAUCACAUCAGAGACAGGUGUUUAAAGAAGAAGAGGAGGCAAUUAAGGUUGAUCUUCAUGAGGGUUGUGGGCGUACCAAGUUAUUCUGGUUGAUGGCCCUCGCAGACUCAAAAACUAUGAAAGCAAUGGUGGAGUUCAGGGAACAGACAGGGAAACCUACGACCAGCAGCUCUGAGACCUGCCGUUUCUGUGGCUCUAGGAAUGGGACAGAGUUAUCGGCUGUCGGUAGUGUAUGUGCAGAUGCGGACUGUCAGGAAUAUGCCAAGACUGCUUGUAGCAAAACUCAUUCGUGUGGACAUUCCUGUGGUGGUGUAAAGAAUGAAGAUCACUGUUUACCAUGCUUGCAUGGCUGUGAUAAAAAUGCAACACGUCUCAAGCAGGACGCUGAUGACAUGUGUAUGAUCUGUUUUACAGAGGCGCUGUCUGCAGCUCCAGCUAUUCAACUGGACUGCAGCCAUGUGUUUCACCUACACUGUUGCCAACGGGUGCUAGACAACAGGUGGCUCGGGCCACGUAUAACAUUUGGCUUUAUGUCCUGUCCAAUCUGCAAGAACAAAAUAAAUCAUACAGUAUUACGGGAUCUUCUUGAUCCAAUUAAAGAACUUUAUGAAGAUGUAAGAAGAAAAGCGUUAAUGAGAUUGGAAUAUGAAGGACUCCACAAAAGUGAUGCCAUUACAACUCCUGGAGUCCGGUUUUACAAUGACCCUGCCAGCUUUGCAAUGAAUAGAUAUGCUUAUUAUGUUUGCUACAAAUGCAAAAAGGCAUAUUUUGGAGGUGAAGCACGUUGUGAUGCUGAAGCAGGGCAAGGAGAUGACUAUGAUCCCAGAGAAUUAAUUUGUGGCGCAUGUUCAGAUGUAUCCAGAGCUCAGAUGUGCCCAAAACAUGGUACGGAUUUUCUAGAAUACAAAUGUCGCUACUGCUGCUCAGUGGCAGUCUUUUUCUGCUUUGGAACAACACAUUUUUGUAAUGCGUGUCAUGAUGAUUUUCAGAGAAUGACUAGCAUAUCUAAAGAGGAACUUCCACACUGUCCUGCAGGUCCAAAAGGCAAACAGAUUGAAGGAACAGAAUGUCCUCUUCACGUGGUCCAUCCUCCCACCGGAGAAGAGUUUGCCUUGGGCUGUGGAGUGUGUAGAAAUGCUCAUACUUUUUAAAUGAACCAUUGUGUUCGAGUUUUCUUUAUUUUUAUUUCAAUUGUGAGACAGGCUUGUGCAGUCUGUCGCGCCAUAGUGCCAGGCAGGUUCUGGACCACAGCCUCAGGUCAGGAUGGGACCACUUGAGAGUCUGAGAACAAGGUUAAACAAGGAAGAAGGCACCAGAUACAACUGUGUAUUCAGAACUCAUGCUACCCAAACCAAACAUUAAUUGUUCUUAAAUCAGGACGUCAAUCUGUGAGGUGCUUGCAUGUGGUCAUUACGUAUAGCACCAUUGAUCGACCAUUCACCCAGUAUGUACAGAUUCUGCUUGAAUACACAGCAUUCGUAGGACAACUCCUCACUUAUGAGAACUGAAAAAGUUAAAGCAACAUAUAUUGACUAUGUCCUGUACAAUAUAACCCAGCUUCAUGUGGAAAGUGAGAGAAGUGUACUUGUUAAUCUUCUAGACUGUUAAAUUAACGCCUUCCUUGCUGUGGAUUGCCCACUUUGUUUCUGUUGAAAGACCUAUUUGGAAGGAUUAUAACUGUAAGAAGGUAUAAAAGUUGUAUCAAAUGCUGUACAUACUACAUAAAGAUAUCAAUGUUUGUCCCGUAUAAGAUUUAUUACAUUACAACAGGAGUUUCAUUUAAACAUCUGGGUUAUGUUUGAGCCUGAACUUUUAACGAAGUGCAAUACUGAGUGUGCCUCAUAUCUUUGCAGCCGUAAACCUUCUGGAAUGUACACAUUAAUAAAGCCACUGUACAUUUUUAUACAGUGAUAGUCUGGUGAAUGUUUAGGAUCUUAUUUAAGAGGAAUGGCUUAACAAAAUAAAGGAAUUAUGUCAUUUUCAUGG